GAGUGAGGGAGGGGGUGAGCACAGAGCCCCAGUCUCUAUUGUGAGAAAGACGAGAGAUUUUUGCAGCGACACACAAACCAUCGUCGAGUCGAUUUCAAGUCGAACCCAAAUCAGGGAAAAAGAAAAAAAAAUAUGGAGGAGGACAUGGAUGAGGGACAAAGCCAAAAAGGAUGCAUGGAGUGCUGUUUGAAAUGUCUGCGUGGGAUCCCAUACCCGUCUCUGAUCGCCACCAUCCUGCUGUACGCGGGUGUGGCUCUGUUCUGUGGCUGUGGUCACGAGGCUCUCACGGGCACCGACACAAUCCUACAAAACUACUUUGAAGUGAUGAGGCCUUCUACAGGCUCGCUGGACGUCUUCACCAUUAUUGACAUCAUCAAGUACGUGAUCUACGGCAUCGCCUCGGCUUUCUUCGUCUACGGGAUUCUGCUGAUGGUCGAGGGUUUCUUUACAAGUGGAGCUAUUAAAGAUCUGUAUGGAGAUUUUAAGAUCACCGCCUGCGGACGCUGCGUUAGCGCAUGGUUCAUCAUGCUGACGUAUAUUUUCAUGCUGGCUUGGCUUGCAGUGACGGCCUUCACCGCUCUGCCCGUUUUCGUUUACUUCAACAUCUGGACUAUUUGCCAGAACACCACCGUACUGGAGGGAAAGGAUCUGUGUCUGGACCCACGUCAAUUCGGUGUUGUGACUAUCGGAGAGGUUAAGACAUUGUGUACAGUAUCUGAGAAGUUCAACAAAAUGUGUAAAUCUGAAGAGCUGGAUAUGACCUUUCACCUGUUUGUGUGUGCGCUGGCCGGAGCCGGAGCCGCCGUCAUCGCCAUGAUCCACUACCUGAUGGUUCUGUCAGCUAACUGGGCCUACGUGAAGGACGCGUGUAAGAUGCAGAAAUAUGAAGACUGCAAGUCCAAAGAGGAGCAGGAGCUACACGACAUCCACUCCACACGCUCCAAAGAGCGACUCAACGCCUACACAUAAAGCAGGAAGUAGCACUGGAAGGCACGGAGCCUCAGGCACUGGCUGCUGCCCUCUAAUGACCAAUGGUGUGUCACAUGACCAACCCCAUGGCCAACCCUAUGAUUAUUAUUAUUAUUAAUAUUACUACACUUCUGUCUAACUAGUGGUGGAUUCUUUUAAUUUUAUUUUAAUGUACGCUUACACGAGAUGAGAUGUUUAUAGCGUCUUUUUUUUUCUUCGAACCACACUAUAACAAUUUUCCUUUUUUUAAGACAUCAGUAUUAACGGUAUCUAAGUGCGUUGUUAUCUAACGGGUCGGUUGUAGGACAUAAAGCACAGUUUUUCAUGUGAGUUUGUGUUUCAGCGCUUUCCUUUAAAAAAAUCACACAGGAAUGAAAAGAAAAGGUUUUUAUUUGUUUGUUUGUUUGUUUGUUUGUUUGUUUUUAAUCUGUGAGAGUUUUGGCCCUAAAGGAGCAGAUUGCUUGUACGUUCUGCGUUAUUUUGGAAAAAAAAAAGAAAAAAAGAGUCAAAAAAGUAAAAAAAGAAAGACAAAAUUAGUAAGAAAUGAUGUAAGAUAAAGGGUUUAUUUAUUAUUUUUCUACAGAUAUCAUUACAAAACGUAUCCAGACAAAAAAAAGGUUCUGAGUUCUUUACUAGCCGACACACAGCCGCAGUGUUUUUACCCCUUUUAUCUUUUAUUUCCAACAGAUUAUAGCUACAGGUAAAUAGACCUGAAGUUGUUUUUGUUUUUUUUUUCUUUUUCUUUUUUUUUUUUUUUGUAUAUAGCCAUUCUGUAAAUGUUCACACGUACUGUAUGGAAGCACUUCAAUUUCAGGUGAAUUCAUAUACAAACACAUUCCAUGUUACAGGGGAAUCGGGGAGGUGGGUGGAGGGGGGGGGGGGUUGUGAAGGAAAAAAUAGAGAGGAAAAAAAAAUCAUGAAAUCGUGUUUGUGUAAUUUUGAAAGGGGGAAUGACAGAGAAGUGUCUGCUGUAAUCAUCACAGAUGUACAUGUUAAAGCGCUAAAUAAACCGCAUGACUACACGACAUGACGGCGCUCGCUUCUCAAAAGUAAACAAGCGGUGAAAAAAAUAAAUAAAUCUGAGACAGCUAACAUGUUAAUAUCAUUUUUAGUGACUUUUUUUAAACUAUUAAAAACAAACCAAAAAAAAGUUCGUUGUUUUUUAUUCGUUUUUUUUUUUAAUCUGAUCUCACUUUAUUUUUUAUUGUAAAAUCGUCGAUUGACCGACGACAAUAAAUGAUCUGUUUAUGGCUUUUAGACAGAAUACAAACUUGUAAGCAGAUCCACAUCCUCGCCGGACUGCGUGUCAAAACGACGUCGUUUUCGUUUCACUGAUUUUGGAACAAAAUUGUGGAUUUAUGCAAUUAAAAUAAAAUUAGUUCUUUUACAGUUUUAAGGGGAGAAAAAUGUCUGAGUGAAUGAUAUGAUGCUGAACUUCUAAAUGUAAAGUGCUGAGGUCAUUUAGUAAACUCACCUCGCACUAACGAGUAUCAAAAUAACAUCAUCAUUUCUCUGAGUUUUAAAAUAGUAAUUUUUUAUUUAUUUUGAAAUGUUUUCUUAUUAUAAAAAAAAAAAAAAAAACGAUUGAUUCUUGAGCCAUUCUCCGAGGAACACUAACGUGUGUUGGGAUUUUUACGUUGUUUGCAAAACGGUGUGUCGACAGUAUCACGACAUCGUCGCCAACCUGAAGCUCUGACAUGUACAUCUGUGAUUCUACUGUCAUUACCAUGACGGUCACGUGACAGUCACACGACAGCGUUCUAUCUUAACGUCGUUAUAGGACAGAAAGGAGGAGGAGGAGGAUGAGGAGGAGGAGUGUUCUCAUCUUUUCAUCUGCUCUGUUGGUGUUUAAGAGUUUUUCGUGCACUUAUUCGCCCAUUAUCGUGAGCUCUUUCUCAGUGUAAGUGCAUUGGGAUCUUUAUCCAGAUCCCCAUAAUGAUGUUAGGUGAAGACUGUGAACCUCGGUGUUAAUUGUGGCAUGGUUCAUGCAUUUAAUGGUUACUCGUUUUUAACUGAUCCAAAAUAAAAGGAGAAAAAAAAAACUUUGUUUUUCUGAGUUGGUGAAGUUGCGAGUGUGUCGCUGGCUCAUUCUCUUCUCUCCUGAUGUGCAGUGAUCGAAUCCUCUUCCGCCGCUUUGCUCUCGAUGGUAGUGUUUGAUUUGUUUGUAAGUGUGUUUAGUUUGUGGUGAAGUCCUACACACACUCUCUCUCUCUCUCUCUCUCUCUCUCUCUCUCUCUCUCUCUCUCUCUCUCUCUCUCUCUCUCUCUUUUCUUGCAUUCGUCUUUUGUACACUCCCUGAAGAAUGCGUAGUAGCCCACGCUGUACCAUGACUCUGUUUUGUACAUAAAUGUGCCGACAGCUUGACAGUGGCUUUUCUGAUAUGCUUGCGUGAACUUCAAUAAAUACACUGGUGUAAUUGGUAAAAAA